AUGUCUGAGAGAAAGGUUCUCACCAAAUACUACCCUCCCGAAUUUGACCCUUCCAAAAUCGCCCGCACUCCCAAACAUCUACGCCCGACAGGCCCCAAAACCAUCCCAGUACGUUUGAUGGCACCCUUUAGCAUGAAAUGUACAUCUUGUGGCGAGUACAUUUACAAAGGCCGCAAAUUCAACGCCAGGAAAGAAACAACAGACGAGAAAUAUCUCACGAUUUCCAUCUACCGUUUCUACAUCCGCUGCACGAGAUGCAGUUCAGAAAUCACCUUCAAAACCGACCCCAAGAAUAUGGACUAUACGUGUGAAAGAGGAGCCAAACGAAACUUCGAAUCAUGGCGAGACCCAACAAGUGCCGAACUGAAGGAGACGGACGAGGAGCGCCUGGACCGGCUCGAACGAGAGGAAGCUGACGAGGCAGAGAGCGCUGAAAGAAAUGCCAUGGAAGAACUCGAACAGAAAAUGGAGGAGAGUAAACGAGAAAUGCAGGUCGCCGAUGCCCUGGACGAGAUCAUGCAGAGAAAUGCACGGAUAGAGCGAGGAGAGAGGGGAGGCAAGGAGGAAGAGGCUCUGAACCAGGUCAGGGACCUUGCAAGAGAGCAGAGAAAAGCGGAAGAACGGGAAGAUGCCGAGGCUGCUCGUAAAGCUUUCGAGGGCGACAAUGUGGAAAAGGCCCGACUUGAGGAAGAAUUCGAAGUCAAUGGGAAUCACCACACGGGGCCAUUAGAGACGGAAGAGGGACCGCAGGCACCCUCUUUCGAAAGAUCCAAGAAGAUGAAGAAACCCCUCGUACCCGGACUGAUACGAAAGACUAACCCUAUUCAAACUACGCCAUCGACAGUCCAAGCGAAACCGCCCGGCCUCGGUCUGGGUGGCUACGACUCUGAUGAUGAUUAA